UAAAAUAUUAAAAACUAAAUGAAUUUUUUUUUUAAUAAUAAUUUUUAUUAUUAAGUAGAAAAAUUCAAGUUUAAAAGUUGAAAUGACAACUAUUAAAAGUUUUACUGUAAAUUUACCUGUAGAUAAGCGUGGAUAUGUUAGCGAAGUAACACGUGAUGUUUCCUUCAAAAAAAUCAAAACAAGGUCGGAAAAUCGAUUUUGCAUAGAUUGUAAAAAAUCGUCUCCAUCUUGGGUAUCUGUAACCUACGGUACCUUCAUUUGUUUAACUUGCUCUGGCUCACACCGACGUAUGGGGACUCACAUAUCUUUUGUUCGAUCUACUGAGUUAGAUAAUUUUACUCGAAAAGAAUUAGCUCGAAUUGAUUUAGGAGGAAAUUCACGUUUUAUGCAAUUCAUGAAAUCCCAUGGUUUCUAUACGGACAAUAUUGAUUAUCAAUCCAAGGUUGUCGCCUUGUAUAAAAUACAUUUAGAUAAUCUAGUGGACGAAGAAUUCAAUGUUGAAAAUGAUGAAACAAAAAACAAAAUAUCGAAUGUUUCUGUGGAUGCUGAGUUUUUGCCAAUCGAUAUAAAGAAUCACUUAUCUAAUGAACGUUUACUUUUGGAACAACCCCUAGACAAUAGGGAUUCCAUAAAGGAGACAAAUUUAACGACUGCAGUUGCCAUGGCUAUAGAAAAAAAAGCUGAACCAUUACACAAACCGUUUUAUAUGUUAAAACCUAACGCAAGGAAGACAAAGUGUGAUAAUAAUAAUAAUAAAGCGAUUAUAAUGCAGGAAACCCUAACGGCUUGCCGCGCAAAGCGACUAGAAGACAAUUUUGAUUUUUUUUCGCUGGAAAAAAAAGCUUCAGUCUUUUUUGUUACAGAUAUGAAUUCUACGCAGAUAAUGAAGUUAGAAAGCAAUUCUUUAAAUGAUUCCAAAUCCAAUGGGAUGCCAAAAUGCGCACAGGAGUCUUGGAUACCUACAAGGCUUUCAAAUACAAAAUCAAUCUCAUCCAAAAAUGUCAUCUCAAAUAAUGAAAUGACGAGACCACUCAGCGACUCAGAUUCACACAUAGCGCAUAACCUUCAAUUUUACCGAAAUAGUAAGGCUAUUUCUUCAUCAAUGAUUUUACAAAAUCAACCGCCUAAUCACGAUUUAAUUUAUGACCGUUCACUUAUAUCAAAUGAGGGCUUGGAUAGUCAUUAUCAAUACAGCAACUCAAUGUAUAAUAACACGUAUAAUAGUGCUCGACAAAUAUCUACAGGAGUUCACGAGACAGUGGGAAAAGUUAAAUCAUGGGUUUCGAAAUUUAUUAAUGAAAAUUUAACUUAAAUUCUUUAAAAUUAUUAUUUCUAAUUUUGAAAUUUCCUUUUUUUUUUUUUUGAUAUAUCUCGUUUUAUUCAACUGUCGUUGUUCGUGUAGUGUAAGGAUUUAUUUUUUCUGUGUACAAUUUUUACUACUUGCUUUUCUUUUGAAAUACUAUCAAAAAAACAGUUUGUGAAUUGAAAAUAUUUUUUUUAA